AAAUGUUUAUGGUAACGAAGAUCUGAUAAUGGAAGACAUUAAGAACUUAGAAAAGGAAGCACAGUGUGCUCUUUUUCGCAAUGACAAUAAAUGUGCCCUAGCAAAAUACAAUGAAUGUUUACUACUGUGUGAACAACAUAACUUGCGGGAAGAUUUUAAGAGAAUAUUUGGUUUCAAAGUAAUAUUAGCAACCCUAGUGCAACAACAAGAGGAGGCUCUUUAUGAUUCUAUAAAAUAUGUCAUGCUUGAAAAUCACACCGAAGAGGGGUUUUGGUGUGCAUCUAAUGCAAUGAAAAAACUGGAGAAAUUCGAUAAAGCUUUGGAAUAUCUUAUUCAAGGAUACUUGGGCGCAGUUGAGCCAUGUCUAUUUUUAAUAAAAAUAGUGCAUAUUCUAGUUGCUCAUCGGUCACCAAAAGAAAAACAAUUUUUAUCGGAUACACUUAAGCAAUACACACAUUUAACUGCGGGCUCUGUAGAAUUACAAACAGCUGUUGUUCAGAAAUUAGCCGAGGAGAAUUGCUGGGAAGGCGUUAGUUUAUUGGUCACUGGGAUACACGACGGACCAGUAAGUAGCCUAGAUAAAUCUGCAUCAAACUGUUCCGCACAGAAAGUACCAGUUGGAAAGCUUUUGGGGGAUGUGUCUACAGAAAGUUUGAAACAUUAUGGGAUAGAACUUGCAAAGGUAUUGCUUGAAAAUGGAGCAUCUGUGCAGGGAAUAGAGAAAUAUUUGAAAAUACCAAUAGUACAUGUAGGAGUGAAGAUUGCAUUAGAAACAGAGAACAUUAUGUUAUUGCAAUGGUGUUUUGAAAAUUACUUGAAAACAGAAAGGCAAAGAAAUGAGACUGAGAAAGAUGGAAACUCGGUUUUACACAUCGUAGCAAAGGCCACUAUUGGAAAUGAAAAACAAGGAAUAGAUAUUUUGAAAAUUCUUCUUGAGAAGGGAUGUUCACCUAAUCUCUUAGAUGCAGACGGAAAACAACCGAUAGAAUACAUUACCACAGAAGAUUUUCGAUAUCCAUUAUUAAAUCGAGUAACAAAUAUUGAUGAUAUGUCAUUUUCCUCAAGUCCAAUGUCACCUGAUGAAACCGAGAAAGAAUCUCCAGUUGAAGACUUUGAUGAAGGAAAACAUGCUGUUGAAAAGGAUUUUGAUUUCUUUUUGCAAAAGGCUAAUGAAUCAUUUCAACAAGGAAUGCUCAAACAGGCUGUAGGUGAUUAUGUAAAAGCUUUAGAAGCACUUAAAAGUGCUGAUGAUAAGACCAAGCUCGUGAAUGUUCACUGUUCCAUAACUGAGUGUUACCUUGGGUUGGGGAACUUUACCACUGCUUUUGAACAUGCAGCUAGUAAUUUACCCGGAGAUUCACUUUCAUCAAAGCCUUGA